AGCGGUGGCGGUGCCGGCGGAGGGCCCGGGCGGUGAGUGCGGCCCGGGGCUCCCGGUGUGCCGCGUUCGGUUCCGCGCUCCCGGCUCCUGCGGGCUGGGUGCUGGUGCUUGGGAAGGGGUCUGGGCGGUGGGGCUUGAGGUAUGCGGUGAGGGACCCGUCCCAGUGCGCGGUGAAGGGUCCGUUCAGUCGCGCCGCUGUGGAUAGCCGAUCACGGGUCCCGGUUUGCUGGGCUCUGUCAGCCCCAGAGGGACUGGGCUUGGCGGGAUCCGCGCCUCUCCCCGGUGCCUGGUAAGGGCUCGGCUGUGCCCAGCCCCAGCGCUCGGCGAGGGCCCGGCCUGGGGGGCUCUGCUCGGUCUCAGUGCUUGAUGCGGAGCCCGGUGUGGGGGGCCCGGGAGGCAGCGCCGCGGAACCCACUCAGGGUUCCCGGUGUGCGGGACUCUGCGAGCCCCGCUGUCCGCUGAGGAUCCCGGUCUGGGCCUUCUGACCCAGCCCAGCGAGGGCUCCGCACCCGCUGGGCUCUGAGCGCCAGUGCCCGCUGAGUUUCGGGGUGGUUGAGCCCCCGAUCCCCGCUCGAGCAGCCCAGGCCGGGCCCUGCCGAGCCCGGUGAGGUUCGAGCCGUGCACCCCUCCCCACCGUCCCGGCUGUGACAGCCCCUGCCCGCCCCGCCAUGCCUGCCCGCGGUCCCUCGGGGUCCCGCCGGCCGCUGCUGGCCCUGCUGGUGGCCCUGGGCUGGCUGCUGGCGCUGCAGCUGCUGCUGGACCUGCGGGCGCUGGGGCUGCUGUGCGGGGCGCUGGCCGUGCUGGGCGGCUGGCUGGGCCCCCCGGCCCUGCUUCCCCGCGGCCGCCGCCUGCGCCUGGAGCGCUUCGUCAGCUCCCUGCGGGCCCCGGCCGGCAGCCCUGCGGACGAGGUUCGCCUGGAGAAGGAGAUCGCCAGCACCGUCCGCAAGGUGGUGCGGGACUUCGUGGCCUCGUGGUACCGCACGGUGAGCAGAGAGCCGGCCUUCGAGGCCGAGGUGGAGAGAGCCAUGCUGGGGCUGGCCGCGGAGCUGCGGCGGCGGAUGAAGCGGGUGGACCGGCGAGCGCUGGCCCGCCGCCUGCUCCUGCUCUGCGGGCAGCACCUGCAGAGCUUCCUGCGGGCUCGGGACGCCCUGAGGGCCGACCCCAAGGGCGGGCGGACGCUGUGGAAGGAGUACAGCCGGCUGGCAGGGCCGCACCCCGCGCUGCUGAGCCCCGCGGCCGAGGUGCGCUGUGCCCGCGCCGCCGUGGACGCGCUGCUGCGGGCGCUGGUGCCCUGGCCGCACCUGGAGACACGGACGGGACGUUUCGUGGUGGUGGAGCUGGUGGCCUGCAACGUGCUGCUGCCGGCCAUCAGGAAGAUGUCCGAUCCCGACUGGAUCAACCUGCUGCUCAUUGGGGCGUUUUCCAAGAAGCCCCGGGGUGGGAAGCCCCACCCUGCACCCCCAGUGCCGGAUUCCUUGCCUUUCCCGGCGCAGACAGAUGCAGCUCCCGCCGGGCUCUCCCCGUCCCCGAGGGCUGCCGAGGGGCUCAGGAGAGAGGCAGGGGCUGCUGGAGAGGAGGGAGAGGAGGCGAGCAGGUCAUGCCAUGCAGAGGAACCCUUCCUGCGCCCCCAAGCCCUGGGAUCCCUCUUCCCCUGUGAGGGUUUGGAGCUGGAAUCCCCCGCGCCUGACAUGGGGCAGGAUGUGGAGCUGCUGGCUCCUUCCCCCGCCGGAGAGCUCCUUGAUGAGCCCCAUCAGGACCUUCCUGUGCCAGAGGGAGCACCUGCCUCGGAGGAUGGCACAGGGGACCUCGACCACGGCCCUGGCCCCAGCUCAGAUGCUGGCCUGCUUCCCACCUCUGCUUUGAGCUCCUGCCCUGACAUUCAGAUCGAGCCAGUGGCUGAGAAGGAGGAGGAAAGCCCAGUUGUCCCCAGGAGGUUCUCCUCACAAAGACCCUCCAGCCUGGGGAGAGAUCUGGGCACAACAGAGGGCCCAGCACCGUUUCCCCCAGAGCCUGGGCAGAGCCUGCCCCUGCUGUCAUCCUCCCCAACAGCUUCCAUGAGCACCUUCAGCUUCGAGCCCCUGAGCAGCCCCGAGGGCCCGGUGGUCAUCCAGAACCUGCGGAUCACCGGGACCAUCACUGCCCGCGAGCACAGCGGGACCGGCUUCCACCCCUACACCCUGUACACCGUCAAGUAUGAGACAGCCCUGGAGGGCGAGGCGGCGGGCAGCCUGCAGCAGGUGGCUUAUCACACCGUGAACCGCCGCUACCGCGAGUUCCUCAACCUGCAGACACGGCUGGAGGAGAAGCCGGAGCUCCGCAAGUUCCUGAAAAACAUCAAAGGACCAAAGAAACUGUUCCCUGAUCUGCCAUUUGGAAACAUGGACAGCGAUAAAGUGGAAGCCAGGAAAAGUCUGCUGGAAUCUUUCCUGAAGCAAUUGUGUGCAGUCCCUGAGAUUGCAAACAGUGAGGAGGUGCAGGAAUUCCUGGCCCUCAACACCGACGCCAGGAUCGCCUUUGUCAAGAAGCCCUUCGUUGUCUCCAGGAUAGACAAGAUUGUUGUCAAUGCCAUCGUGGACACCUUGAAGACAGCGUUCCCCAGGUCAGAGCCCCAGAGCCCCACGGAGGAUCUGAGUGAGUCAGAAGUGGAUGGGAAAUCCCAAACAGACGGGAAGAAAAGCAAGUCCAGGCUGAGGUUCUCCUCCAGUAAAAUCACUCCAGUGCUGAGUGUGAGUGAAGCUCAUGACAGGAUCGUGUACUCCAUCAGGGAGGGCAAUGCUGUCUCUGGCACCCUGUCCCUGGCUGCUAUGGAAUCCUUCAUCCAGAAGCAGGAGAAGCUGCUGGAAGCAGUCCCCAGCAAGGCUCCUGAAGGCCAGGGAGGCAGAGAAGCCAAGGAGAUCUCUGUGCAGGAAGAAAUGGAUGGGCUGAGCACAGCAGAGCAGGGAGGACAUCCAGACACUGACUCUGACUCCGAGACAGCUUUGGCUGACCUGGCCCUGGACGUGCUUCGUCUGGUGCUGGUGGAUCACUGGGGCUGGCUGUGCACAGAGAACAUCCAGAAGGUUUUCAACGUGCUCUUUGGGACCCUUGUUCAAAGGUGGCUGGAGGUGCAGAUGGUCACCCUGACCUGCACCCAGCGCUGGGUCCAGUACCUCCAGUUGCUGCAGGAAUCCAUCUGGCCUGGAGGAGUCCUACCAGCAGUGCCUAAACCCCCCAGGACAGAGGAGCAGAAGAAGGCAACAGCAGAGCAGGCCCUGCAGAGCCUGAUGGGGAUCUUGCCCAAUGUGAUCCAAGAAAUCCUUGGGACUAGUAAGUGUCAGAUGAGCUGGAACCUGGUGCUGGAGUCACUCAGCCAGCCUGUGAUCAACAGGCACCUGGUGUUCUGCCUCCUGGACAUUCUGCUGGAGUUCUUGGUUCUGAAGGGCUCCAGCCAGGAGCCUGAGGCUGCAGCUGCCACACCAUGUGCCUGCAGUGGCACAGACAAAGGUGUCCCAGCACUUUAACCAGGCCUGGUGGCCCAGCAGUGGAGGAGAGAAGCAACCACAGGCAUGGAGUGUUGGAUUUUCAUCCUUUACUGAACGUGCCUGGGAGCUUCCUGUAAGGAAUUUCUCCAGCCAGUGCUAAGUGAAGCUGCUUCCAGGCUUCUCUGUGUCAGCUGGGUGGUGGAUCAAACCCAGAGGUGCUGUGCAGCAUCUGUUCCAUUGCUGACCUGAUGGGGAGCCUGGAAUGAACCAGCCUGACCAGCUGGAGAAGGAACCACAGACCCUUCUGAACAUCUUUAACAUCUACAGGAGAUCUGCUUUUGUGGCUCCAGGGCCCACCUGGCACUGAGAGAGUUGGUGUGCUGGCAUCUGCUGCUGAAUGUUUCUGCAGGACAGGGGAGGGUGCAGGGCUGUCCCUGCUGUCUGAGCAGCCUGCCCUGCACCAGCUGUGUCCCCAGAAGGAAGAUGGGGAGAGGAUGGAGUGUGGAGAAGUCCUGGAGUGUGGAGAUGUCCUGAAGUUCAGCAUCCAACUGCCCAAACACGUGGGAGGGGAGAGCAGGGCCAGAGGUGCUGCCCUGCCUUAGGGACAGAGAUCAGCUGCUUCUCCCUGCUCUGGUUCUCAGUAGGUGCAGGCAGGUGUGAUCCUGGCAGAGACUCCCCCAGGCUAGGGAGGAGUGCUGGCUUUGCUGGACUUCAGGACUCGUUUCUGUUGUGCUUUCUGAGUCACCUUUUAGUCCCUGGGACAGUCACCUGGAAGGCACAGGCCAAAGGAGCUGAGCCAUGUGGGACACAGUAAAUCAGCUCCUACACAAACCUGGCUGUCACAGGAAGCUCUGGGAGAGGAAUGAGGACCUUGAGCCCAGGGGAAUCCUGGAUGUGUGUCAGGGACAGGCGGUGGGUUAGAGCUGAGAGCACUGCCUGAGCUCUGCUGUCCAUGCCUGGGUCACUGGGCUCUGCUCUGCUGUCCCUGCUGCUGCCACAGGGCUCUGGAAAGCUGCUCAGGUCAUGGAGCAGGGAUUUGGAGCUGCUUCUCCAGCUUGUCCAAGACUUGAGUGGCUUUGUGAGCACUUAAUGUUCUCAGCAGUCAGGUUCUAGGAGUACUGAGGGACUCAGAGUGUGCAGCCACAGCCCAGCUUGCUGACCAGUUUGCUGACCAGUUUGCUGACCAGCUGUGCUGUAUUUUCUGGGAGAAGCACAGACUGAGCAGUGCUGCUCUGGGCUGGUGAAGGUUCUCUGCAGAUCUGAGGAGGCUCCACACAGGAGCCAUGCAGGAUCCCAGGUGUGUCUCUGCUGCAGGACCAGGUGGUUUCAUCCUACAGAACAUGGAAUUCCAGGCUGGAAGAGAUUGCUGCAGUUUUUUGGAGCUGGAUGCUCCAUGGCAUGUUUGGAGAGAAGGCAGUGUAACUCCAGCAUGUCUGUCCUGCUCUUCCAAAGGAGCUGUUUAAUUAUGGAUACACAACAGUGUGAGCUGCUCUGGGCUUCUGUUGUGUGAAAAUACAGGGAGGGAUCAUUUUGCUGCAAGCAAACAGAUUUUUAGGGAGCUCUGAGGACAUCCCAAGACCAGGCAGAAUCCAGUGUCAUGAAGCAAAUCAGUUCUGCAUCACCACUGGAGCCAGUUCUCUUCAGAGAUGGUAGCUUGGCCACCUGCUUGGAGAAGAAGGGAGGUGUGAGUUAAGUGGUUUAAGAGAAGAUGAGGUGGAGAAUGCUUUGGGAUAACCCCAAAUGGCCAAACAGGAGUUUGAGAAACAGGACUCAGAUAAACCCUUAAAUAUCUGCUUGUAUUUCACUGCCAGGCUCUGUUUCCCUCCUUUUCCUCCUGCUUCCAUUUCCACCCCAGCUGUCAGGAGGGGCACAGGGCACCCUGAGCCAGGGCUGAUGCAGCAGAGCCCUGGUGGCUUCCCAGAUGUUCCUGCUGUUCCUGUUUGCUGUUGCUUCCCAAUGAAUUUUGUGGCUUUGGAGCUCCAGGACUGAGGUCUGUCAUUAAUUAGGGAGAGUACUGAGAGGCUUUGCUGAAGAGGAUGAUGGAGUACAAAUUAUCCACUGCCAGCUCCAGUUAGGGCAAAAGUCUGAAACAGUCCCUGCACACACUGGAUGUGGCACUGGGAGGAUGAGCUGACACUUGUCCUUUGCCAGGAAGCCCAAAUUCUCCCAGCUUUUAACCCCCAUCUCUGAAAUGAUGCAAAUGACUGAAUAUUCAGUCCUCCAGAUGGAAAUAAUCUGUGAUUUCUGCCAGCUUGGGAGCUUUGGGUGCUUUGCUGGGCUGGUGCAGCAAUGAUUUGGGGUUCUCCCAGCAGCCCCAAAUCAUUCCACUCCCUCUGUGUUAAGAUACAAAGAGCUGGGACAGAGAGACAGAAAGGGGAUUUAUUUAUGUGCACUCACAAGGCAGAGUGAGGAACUGCAAAAUGUUGUUUUACCCUGCAGAACUCCCUUUUUUGUCUCAGAUAUGAGGGGUUGGAUCCCUUUCUCCUGGCUGGGCUUCAAAUUCCCAUUUGUGCAGCCCUGCAGCUGAGUUGAAGUGCCCAGGAGCAAAGAGCCCCUCUCUGCAUCAUGUUGUCAAGGACUAAAACCAAUCCAAUAAAAAGCUCAGCUUUUUUAUCUACUGAGAGUUCUUUGCCUCACUGUGAUUUUGGGAUUAAAUUGAGCACAAUGGUGGCAGAUACAAACUGCUGCAUUCAGGUGGGCUGAAAGUUUAUUUCCAUUGGACUAAGACUAGAAAAACUGCUCUGGUAAAACAAACAAGCUUAAGCUUGCUCAGUGUGUCAUAUUCCCAGCAAGCUCCUUUUUUCUGCAGGAAUUUGUAGAAGGAAUUUGCAGAAGGAAUUUGUGGAAGGCUCCAGCACCUCUCUAAAGGGUGGGUGGUGAGAGCAGCCAGAUUUGACCUCAAGAAGGAGUUGCAGCUUUGUGUCACGUUAGGUCAAGAGCAGCACCUGCCUCAGGUGGGUGCUCAGCUCUCCUUCUCCAGGUCCUUCAGCCCUGUGUGAUCUCCCUCCAGCCCAGCACUUGCUGAUUUGUGAAGUGUUCCCCUUCCCACUGCCUUAGUUUCCCACAGCUGACUGGAAUCUUCCUGGAAGCAGGGAUGUGAAUGACUGAGUGCAGUGGUGGAGAGCUCCAAGGCACCACUCUUAAGCUAAAUAAUUAUUAAAUUGUAUUUUUAGGGGAAAAAAGCCCCACCAUGCACUGACUCCCUGUCCCAUUUCCUGUACUCAACCCUUUGUAUCAGCUGUUUGUGGUGCUGUUGGAGUCUCUGUGGAAUUCUGCUGGCUGGAAAAACCCAUUUAAUUGUUAAAUGGGGAGCAAACCUCCACUCCCAUGUACUUGUGUGCAAUAAGACUUUAUUUCAAACUUACUUCUCUGUCAGAGUUUAAAAUCUGCUUUUGGUUGUGACGGUGUUCACAGGGAUCUCAGGUUGAGGGAAGAGAUGAGGAUCUGACUCCAUGUUUCAGAAGGCUUGAUUUAUUAUUUUAUGAUAUAUAUUACAUUAAAACUGUACUAAAAGAAUAGAAGAAGAUUUCAUCAGAAGGCUGGCUAAGAAUAGAAAAAGAAGGAAUGAUAACAAAGGUUUGUGGCUCAGGCUCUCUGUCUGAGCCAGCUGACUGUGAUUGGCCAUUAAUUAGAAACAAUCACAUGAGACCAAUCACAGAUGCACCUGUUGCAUUCCACAGCAGCAGAUAAUCAUUGUUUACAUUUUGUUCCUGAGGCUUCCCAGCUCCUCAGGAGGAAAAAUCCUAAGGAAAGGAUUUGUCAUAAAAGAUGUCUGCGACAUUUGGUAGAGAAGAACAAGUGGGGAGGAGGCUGGGGCGAGUGGGAAGGGGUGGAUGUGACUCCCAGGUGUCACAAAAUGCAUGGCCAGGGCAGGGGACAGUGGGGCUGGGACAGUUUUUCUCUCCUGGCACACAGAGGGACUGCUCAGACAUGGGAGAGACCAAAGUCCUUAAAGCUUGGCCAGGAAUCAGAACAAUUUCCCACCCAUGAGCAUUGCUGCUUUCUCCCUGAAACUCCUCAAUUUGGGCUCUCCAGGGAGUCUAAAACCAGGGAAGCAAUGUGGAUUACUUACUUUCUUCUGGCAAUCAGGAAAGACUCCCCUAGAAGCAGGGAUCUCAAACCCAUCUCCACACCCCCUGGGCAGCUCUGCUUAGGAAGUUUUCUUUGCUGUCAGUGCUGGAGCAGGAAAGCUGCUAAGCUGUAAGGAAAUAGGGAAUGUCUGAAAACGAGGAAUUCCACAUGAAAUUUGUAAUAUUAUGUCAAAUGAAAGAAAAAAAAGAGGAAAUAAGAAAAACCUGAUACAAUGAG